CAACGUAUCGAAAUACAUAAAUUUAUAGUCGCGAAGCUAGUUAACAGCAAAUAAAUGUCGUCGCUGGAUGAUUUGAAUCAGUCCUUUUGUGGCAGUCAAAGUGAAAUGAACAUUUGGAAGGGAAAAUUGCUGACGGAUGUGCCAUUCGGGCAUGUCCUCAUAGUGAGCGGCAAAGUGAAACCGAAUCCGAAUAAAAUUUGCUUGGACUUAACCGAUAAUAUUAGGGGUCAAAAUGAGAGUGAAACAGUUUACUUGAAAAUUGAGGCGAAUUUUAGAGAAAAUCAAAUAAUAAGAAGCAUGUUUAUGCCCGGCGAAGGUUGGCAGCAGGAGGAGAUAUCGAAGAAUUGGAAAUCUGAUGGACCGAAAAAUCCAUUGGUGCCAGGUCAAACAUUCACAUUUCGUAUUGCUGUUCUGCAAAAAUGUUUCGAAAUUUACAUAAAUGAUAAUCUUUAUGGAGCCUUCGAAUUUUUAAAAUUUCCCAAGCCGAUCAAUUUCGUAAUGGUUUAUGGUGACUUUGAGAAAAUCACACAAUUCCAUCAGCGCAUGCUAUUUCCGUUGGUGUUUCCGAGAAGUUUGAUUUGCCCGGAGAAAAUUGCAUUUCAAAGUGAUGUACCGAAGAAAUACGAAGUUGGUACCGUUGUCGCUAUGGAGUGCAUUGCUAAAGGACCACCGACCACAGCCUUUUCCAUUUGUUUCCAGUGCAAUGAUACGGGCCGUAUUGUGCUUAAGUUUCAUGUGAAUUUCGAUACAACAACAGUGUCGCGCACUUAUGAGCGCUCCGACAAUAGUUUUUCAUCCGAAGAUGAGGAAACCGAUGGCGAAUUUCCAUUUCAACGUAGCAAACUCUUCAAAAUCGCAUUCGGCAUCGGCGACAAAGCAUUUAUCAUUGCUGUGAAUGGCCAGUACUUUACCUACUAUAAUUAUCCGAUUCGCUCAUUUUCCAUAUCGACGCUGAAGUGUUUCACGAAUAAAGUUGGCGAUUUUGCUGUGAAAAAUUUGGAAUACCAUUGCGAUUCGCCAUUAUUGGCGCGUGUCGAAAAACUGUCACUCAUUUAAUUGGAAUGGAAAAAUAAAUUAUGAAAGAUACUCGCAUUAUGUAGCAAGUUGUUAUAUGUAUGUAGGUAUAC